UCAAGUUAGGUUUUGUGCACCACCACAGUCUAUAGGAAUUACUGCACUCGCUAAGGAAUACAGAUCACGAUCAAGCAUCUCCACGAUAAAGAAGCAUAAGGAAACAAUAAAGAAGUAAAGGAACGAUGCAGUGAUCACGUGACGGUCACGUUGGCGAGUCAGUCCAAGAUGGCUUCACUCACUGCAGAACAUUUUGAAUCCUUACAGCUCUUGUUAAAGGCUCCAUCAAAAGAUGUAGUGCGACAGAUAUGUUCAGACAGUUUUCCAUCAAGAGCGUCCAAGUCUCGGACUCUGGUGGAUAGCACUGCUAGGGUCCUGACUGUUUCUAGUAAUGAAGCAGCACAGGUGUUAACAGCAUUUCACAUUCUCUCUCAUCAUGUGCUGUUUCACAAUCUUACAGCACCAGAACAGAUCCUGUCUGUUUUUCCAGACACAUUUCACCCAAACCUGAAGAAUCUUGUUACUAAGAUCCUGCUAGAACAAAGUGUUUCCUGGAGAAAUGAAGCUUUAGCCAGUCAGAUUUCAUUGCCACAGCUGGUAGAUAUGGAGUGGAGGGUGGACAUGAAGACCGCCUCAGACUCUGUAAGCAGGAUGGCUGUGCCUACCUGUAUUUUAAACAUAAAGAUGCAAGAUAAUUCCAGUGUGGGUAGCAGCACAUGUGAAUCUUCAGUCACUGUGGAACUGAGCAAAGAAACCCUGGACACCAUGGUCGACGGCCUGGGACGCAUCCGAGACCAGCUUUCUGCCGUCGCUGGGAAAUAGAUCUAAUUUUUAAACUAAUCAUUCUGCACAUUAAUUUACACUUGGUCUGUAUAUACAGAUCUAAAUUCAGGAAUGAAUUUUGGGCUUGUUUGGGAAAGGACAUUAAUGCAAUAUUGUGUUUACACCGACAGUCCUGUUUUGAUCUUGCUUUUUUUUUUUCUUGCAUUUUCUCCCCCUUUUCUCCCCCUUUAGCGCCUCCAAUUGUCCAAUUCGCAUCGUGCUUCCUCUCUGCCUAUGCCGAACCCUGCCCUGACCGAGGAGAUCAAAGCUAACCCACAUCCCCUCCGACAUAUGAGCAGCAAGCCAUGUGCAUCUUGCCACCUACACAUUGAUGAGUGUUGUGCCACCCAGCGUUGCAUGCGGAGAGACACACCCUAAAAGCACUCCCUCCUCAUCUCUGUGUAGGCGCCUCUAAUCAGCCAGCAGAGGUCGUAAUUGCACCAUUCUGACAGUGAGACCCACAUCCAGCUUUUUGUCCCGCCCCCCAACUGAACAACAGACCAAUCGUUGUUCAUAUUGCCACUCAGCCUCAAGCCGGUAAGGCAGAGCUGGAUUCGAUACCAUGUAUUCGAGAUCCAGCUCUGGUUGCGGCAUGUGCUUUUUACCGCUGCGGCACCUGAGCGGCCCUGUGAAGCUUUUUGAUGGAAGCUGCACACUAGCAUACAACUAUAACUCAUUUGGAGUUGUAGUUAUGUGUGUUUUUUUCUACAUGUACCAAGAAAUUAGUCUCUUUCAUUAGAUACAGUAUCUAAGGUAACGGUUUAAUCAGUUGCAUCACUGAAUUGCAUCCCAAGCUCACUUUAAACAUACCCAAGACAGUUUGAAAACUGUUUUCACAUAUGGCCAAAUAGAUUUGGGUCCAGACAAAAGUGCAGGUUAAAAAGUCUCCCUACACUAUCAUGGAACUAAAGUUUGGACUGGAUUGUCAGAUAAGCAGUACUACUAGAUAUUCCAAGCAUCCCCAUACACUUUAUUUAUGUGGUUGACAUCCCGAAUAAGCACAAUUGGCAACAAUCGUAUAGCUGUUUUGAAGGAAUUGCCUUGUUUAUUUUCAAAAUUCAAUAUCUUUACUAGCAAUGUACAGCCAUGUCUAUGUAGCUGUAUUAGAAGACAUUAGUCUGUUGCUUAAUGGGAAGAAAAUAAUAUUACUUAUCAUGAUAGCAAAAUACUGAUUGUAUAAUUGCAUUUUAUAUAAUAAAUUGCUAUUUACUCA